AUGGCAUUUUCUUUUAACAAAGUUUUAUUGUUGACAUUUCUAGUUAUACAAGGCAUGUAUAAUGCGCACGCAAGGAGCAAAUAUCCAAUCUCUUUGAUUUGUUCAAAGUCACCUAAUCCUUCUUUAUGUCUACAAGCUUAUAAUUCCGAUCCGCGUUCAAGUAACACGGAUCUUGUUGGUCUAUGCCAAAUCGCGAUAGACUUUUCAGAGAAAAGCGCGAGGCAGACAUUGGAUUUGGUUAAUCAGCUUCAACAUAAUGCCAAAGGGGCUAUGGUAACGAGAUUGCAAUCGUGUGCCUUCCACUAUUUAAAUUGCGCGAAUUUGUUCAACCAAACUGGGAAAAUUUUACAGUCUGGAGACUUUCAAAAGACCGUGGAUGGUGGAAAUGGGGCGUUGGCGGAAAGUGCUAAUUGUGACGCCGGUUUUAUAAGGUCGCGGCCCAAGGAACCGGACCAACUUCGACAGCAUAGUGUGUUAGUGCAACAAUUGGGUGCUGUAGCUGUGCUUACUGCUACAUGGUUAGCCCAUUUGGGUCCUGUGGCGUAA